GUUGUGUGUGAAUACCACAUUUUCUUUAUCCAGUCCUCUGUUCAUGGACAUACAGGGCAUUUCCAAGAUUUGCUACUGUGAAUCGUGCUGCUAUAAGCAUGGAUAUGCACGUGUCACUACAACGCAAUGUCCUUAACUCUUUGGCAAAGACGUCUAGAAGGGGAACAGCUGGGUUGAGCGGCAUAGUUUUAGUUUGUGAGGCGUCUCCACACCGACUUCCAUUGUCAUUGUACUAGUUUACGUUCUCACCAACAAUGUAGAAGGUCCCUUUCCCCCUGCACCCUCUCCCGUGUGUUCUUCUUUGCCCUCUUGGUAAUGGCCGUUCUUUUUGAGGUAAGACGGAAUCUCGGUGUUGUUUUAAUUUGCCAUUCUCUGGUGGCCGUCGAUGCUGAGUGUUUUUUCAUGUAUCUUUUGGCCAUUCACGCUUCGUUUGAGACGUGUCUGUUCACUUCAUUGGCCCAUUUUUUGAAUGGGUCAUUUAUUGGGGGGGGUCUGGCUUUUUUGAGUUAUUUGUAGCCUCUAGAUACUAGACCUCUGUCAGAGGAGUAGCUAGCAAAUUUUUCCGCAUCCUGUCCACCUCCACUGUUGAAAUUCUGUUUCCUCUACCGAGAGUGCUUGUCUUCCACACUUGCUCCCGUGCUCAUACUUUUCCCGGAAUGUCUCACACGUAAAGCUGUUCUCCAAAGCCUUCUCGUGUCUAAGAGGAGCUGUCACAUCUCCUCUGUCCUCAAACAAGUUUAAUCUGCUUCUGUCUUAACAGUCUAAAGGUACCAACAAGCUUUAAAAAAAAAAAGGAGUAAGAGAAGAGUAACAGAAGCUAUAAGGACUUGACUCCCGUAUUUGUCAUCAUUGUGCUUCACGGCCACUGUAGGCCAAAAUGUGUCUCGGGAAGGUCUGCUGAAGUCCGGCUCCCUGGUGCUUUGACCGGUGCGAUCCAGCUGGAUGAGGUCACCGGGAGUCGUUUUCGGGGAGGAAAGGGAAAUUGGGACACAUUGAGAGCGGAGACGCCUAGGGAAGAGCAGUGUGUGGAAGUGGGGUGUGGACGAAGCCACCUGGCGUGAGGUACUCUGCGAUGGCAGCCCGGGGCCAGCACUACGAUGCGCACAGGGACAGAGAGGCCCCUGACAGGACAGGGCUGAAAGAGAGGAACGCCUCGUCGACUAUCGAGGGGCAGGGCUGGCAGGACUAUCGCCCAGGCUAUAACCUGAAAGUCGUUUUUCUUUUUAUUGAAUUUUUGUCUAGCAUCAACAUUUGAUGGGAAGCGGAAGUUUCCAUCCCAGGCCUUAGAAGACCUUUCCUUUCCUACCGCGAAUGCCCGCUGUGGUCAGUCUGUCAGCCCUUCCUCCUGAGCAGGGCCUACGUAUAAAACCUAGGAUUUGCCUGGGCAGCUCCCUGUUAGACUUUGAGACCAUUGAGAGCAGAGUCUGCGACCUCCUGUCCUUCUAUCUCAGUGCUCAGCAGGCCAAGACUCCUCUUACACAUCGCUGCGGCGGAUUCAGCCCUUUGCUCCGUGGCGGUCCCCACCCCGGGAACCCCGGGACCCUGUCCGGCCACAUCGCCGCUGUAGGGGCAGCUGCCAACUCUGUGGGGACUUUGCCUGUCACCUUCAGCCCUGCUAUCUGUCAUACCCUUGUUAUCUGCUCAGCUUAUCACGCUGCCUAAUUAAAGGCAUCAUCUUAGAGGCUAACUUAAUUGGAAAAUUGCAAAGUAAUUUAGAUAUGAUAACAUGAUCUCCAAAAGAGAAAUAUUAACUUUGUAACAAGAGAUACAGAAUUGCAAAAUAAGGCCAUGGGGUUUUUAUAGUACGUGCAUGCGCACACACUCACACAUACACAUACCCUCACUCACACAAAACCCUUCUGUAUGAUUUCAGAUGUUAUUUCUUAACUUCACGAUUGUUUGACGGCAUAAAAGGGCAGCCGCCUCCCCUAUCCCUGCCCCAAGUUUCCCAGGUCAGAGCAUGGCACAGCCAAACCCUCCUCCCCACCGUGCGCGGUGUGACCGUGGGCCAAGGCACGACGUCGCCAAGCCUCAGAGGCCUCUCCCGUGAGAUGGGGACCACAGCGGCUUCUGUGUGAGGAGCAGAGACACCGCGGGUGCCCAGAGCAGGCACACACGCCGAGUGCCAGCUGCGUUCCUUUGUCAGCCCCAAGGCCCAGUGCACCGGUCCCCUUCAGGUCCCGGCCAAGGCACUGGCCCUCACAGGAAGCCCGCUGUGAUGUGCCUUGUCCUCCCUGUGCACCGCCACCUUGGAGGAUUCACGGUGCUUCCUCUGCUGCCACAGGGCUGUCGCCCGAGAUGUGGACCUGCUCCUGCUGGACGGGGGCUGCCACGUUUGUGGAGCAGAUGGACGGACGGACUCAUUCACACUCUGCGCUCUUUGACACCGAAGCCUGGGCGCCCCGUCUCAACCGCCUCUGUCGCUUCAGUCACGUGAAACGCCAUCCUACCAGCUCUCAGGCCGGCAGGAUUCCUCCCUGGCUGCAGGGCACCCUGCUUCGCAAUGGGCCUGGGAUGCACACGGUGGGUGACAGCAGGUACAACCACUGGUUCGACGGCCUGGCCCUGCUACACAGCUUCACCAUCAGGGACGGCGAGGUCUACUACAGGAGCAAAUACCUGCGAAGCGAUAGCUACAACGCCAACAUGGAGGCGAACAGGAUUGUGGUGUCAGAGUUUGGGACGAUGGCCUACCCAGACCCCUGCAAAAACAUCUUCUCCAAGGCUUUUUCCUACCUGUCCCACACCAUCCCCGAUUUCACAGACAACUGCCUGAUCAACAUCAUGAGGUGCGGGGAAGACUUCUAUGCGACCACAGAGACCAACUACAUGAGGAGAAUUGACCCGCAGACGCUGGAGACCCUGGAGAAGGUGGAUUACCGGAAAUAUGUGGCCAUAAAUCUGGCAACAGCACAUCCCCAUUAUGAUGGGGCUGGAAAUGUUCUCAACAUGGGCACCUCCAUUGUGGACAAGGGGAGGACAAAAUACGUGAUAUUUAAGAUCCCUGCCGCAGUGCCAGAGGCCAAGAGGAAGGGGAAGAGUCCCCUGAAGCACACAGAGGUGUUCUGCUCCAUCCCCUCCCGCUCGCUCCUCUCCCCCAGCUACUACCACAGUUUCGGGGUCACCGAGAACUACGUGGUGUUUCUGGAGCAGCCGUUCCGGUUGGACAUUCUCAAGAUGGCGACCGCGUACAUGCGGGGAGUGAGCUGGGCGUCCUGCAUGGCUUUCCACAGGGAGGACAAGACUCACAUCCACAUCAUCGACCAGAGGACCCGAAAGCCGGUGCACACCAGGUUGUACACGGACGCCAUGGUGGUGUUUCAUCACGUCAAUGCCUACGAGGAGGGCGGCUGCGUUGUGUUCGAUGUCAUCGCCUACGCAGACAGCAGCCUCUACGACCUCUUCUACCUGGCCAACCUGAACCAGGACUUCGAGGAGAACUGCAGGCUCACGUCGGUGCCCACCCUGCGGAGGUUUGCGGUGCCGCUCCACGUGGACGAGAAUGCAGAAGUGGGCUCAAACCUGAUCAAAGUGUCAUCUACAACAGCAACUGCCCUGAAGGAAGGGGACGGCCAAGUGUACUGCCAGCCCGAAUUGCUGUUUGAAGGCUUGGAGCUCCCUCGGAUCAAUUACACUCACAACGGGAAGCCGUAUCGCUAUGUCUUUGCUGCUGGAGUUCAGUGGAGUCCGAUCCCAACCAAGAUACUGAAGUAUGACAUUCUCACUAAGUCAUCCCUAACCUGGGGAGAGGAGAGCUGCUGGCCAGCAGAACCCCUGUUUGUGCCCACACCAGGCGCCAGGGACGAGGACGAUGGAGUUAUCUUAUCGGCCAUUGUCUCUACCGACCCCCAAAAGCUGCCUUUCCUGCUGAUUCUGGACGCUAGGAGCUUCUCGGAGCUGGCUCGCGCCUCUGUUGCCGUGGAGAUGCCCUUGGACCUCCAUGGGUUGUUUAUCCCCGAUGUGGACCAGGCCGCUUCCCAGACACAGCAGGCCCGGGCUUCGGGCUGCCAGGGUCCCCACAGGCCUGAUGGGGCAGCCAUAGAGCUGAGCGUGGUGGCCUGAACCUGUAACCUCAUCACUCGAGAGGCUGAGGCAGGAGGACUGCUACAAGUUUGAGACCAGCCUGGGCUACAUAGUGAGUUCAAUUCCAGCCGUGACAAUACAGCGAGAACCUAUCUCAAAAAAACAAACCAAAACAAAAUGCCACGUAAACCUUGUUGAAAAGUCAAAUAUGUAUUGUUGAGCUCUCACACUUCUAAGAAAGCCUUUUUCCUUUAUUUUAAAGACCUUGAUUGUGAAACAGAAAGUGUAUUCAAUCACAUAUAGUCAUUCUUGGUAGAAACAGCACAGGCAUGCUGGAGAAAAGAUGAACACCUACUUAUCGUUGCUCCUCCUCCCUCUCCCCUCUCCCCUCUCUGGCCCUCCUUUCUGACAGACCCAGGCGUGGGUGCGGAGCUCCAGCUUCCUCUGCUGUGCCCUGUUAGUAAGCUGUGUGGCUGCUUUGUGGCCAUUCCGUGCAAGACGUGGCGUAAAGUGAAAGAAUAAAAACUUUACAGUCUGGUCAGACCUUAUUUUAUUUUUACAUGGCUUCAUCCUCUGAAGUUCUUCUAAGACAGUAAAACAGUGUUGCAGACCUUGACGUCUCCCCGCCAGCAAGAUCACUGGACUGACAGACCGGUGCCCCAGGGAGAGUCCUCGCCUGCUCUCAUCUGUGGGGCCUCAUCUGUGCCUGAGGGGAGAGGAAACUGUCCAGACUGUUUGUGCCACCAGGACAGACCAGGCACUGGGCAGAACAGGAGACCUGUUCUGAGGGCUGCCAGCAAGGUGGCUAUGGGGACGGACGGACGGACGGACGGAGGAAGCUGGCAACAAACCCACCCACUGGGCUUCCGCGUGAUUGCUGGGUGCCCAUGGCGUCUGGGUGUCACCUUCCCGGUCCUCGGGCGGUGCGGUGGGGGGUGGGGGUCGCACUAAAUCCCCGCAGUCACAGUGGAAAUUCAGUAACGCGUCUCCAGGAUGGCAUAAAUCUCCAGCGGUGGUGAAUAAGAUACCACAGAGUGCAGACGUGCCCAGGGUGGCCUUGGCUUUUGCCCACAACCACCAUGAAGCCAUACUGGGCUUCCGCUGCAGUGUAGGAUCCACUAGGCCAGAGAGUUGUUUGUUUUCUACUUGAAAUUCUCUUUAAGAUCAUUGCACACGCGUGUACAGGUCCAAGAACUCUAGGGAGAUCCCAAGGCACCUUUCCAGUCUUCCCUAGGGCUAACAUUUUGCAAAACCAUAGAGUACGAUAUCACAGCCGGGAUGUUGACAUUGACCCCACCCACCCACUAGCCUAAUUCAGAUUUUCCCAGUUUUACUUGUUCUCUUUUGUGCAUGCAAGACAAAAAAAAUUUUUUUUUUCUUAACUCACAGAAAAUUUUUGGAAUGUAUAAAAUUGGUAGGUUCCAGUAUUCACCACCACAGUUCAUCAGCCCUGGGGUCCCUCGAGUUGCUUUCUAAUCAUUACACCCACCUUUCUCUAACUCCCUAACCCAUUCUCGCCAUCAUAAUGCCAAUUGU